GUUCCUUGCUGCAAACAGAUCACAGAAAAAUAUUGAUGACAGCGAUUGCAAGUACGUAUAGCAGCAAUUACUUUAAUGUUUGAUACCUCAAAGGGACACAACUCAGAAGCCGAUUUGACAAAGGUUGUGUGACCAUUCCAUAAGAUGUCUGUAUUUAGUCAGUACUUUGGAAAAAUCAGGGCUCCCCAGGGUGGAGAAAAAGUUUACAAGGAUGAAUGUGUUUUCUCAUUUGACAAUCCAGAGUCAGAGACUGGUUUAUAUGUUUGUAUGAACACUUUCCUUGGUUUUGGCAAGAAACAUGUGGAGAGACAUUUCAAGAAAACUGGCAAUGGUGUUUUUCUACACCUUAGAAGAACCAGAAGGGAGGUGGUAAGUGAAGAGCCCCCACCUGAGAAGAAACCUACAAAGAUGGCAAUAGGCUUAGAAGGUGGUUUCCAAACAGAUGAAAAGAAGUUCGUUUUUGAGGAAAAUAAUUCUGUUGUGGUGUUACCAGACUGGAAGAUAUUCCCACUCCCAGACCCAGAACUGCCAGAAAUUGUACAAAUGUCAGUUAAUGGAAUCCUGAAAGCAGAAGAUGCAUGGAAACUGGAGGAAGCUGCAGCAUUGGCUGGAACAUGGGAUGGUGAAAAGAGGAUCAUUUCAAAACAUGCAGAAAACUUGCUACAGCUGGACAAUGGGAAAAAGAUUCCACCUUCAGGAUGGAAGUGUGAGAAAUGUGACCUUACAAACAACCUCUGGCUUAAUCUUACUGAUGGUUCAAUCAUGUGUGGCCGUAAAUUCUUUGAUGGCAGCGGAGGGAACAAUCAUGGCGUUGAACAAUAUCAGGUUACUAAAUACCCUCUGGCAGUGAAGCUAGGAACCAUCACUCCAGAUGGUGCAGAUGUGUUUUCCUAUGAUGAGGAUGAUAUGGUUGAAGAUCCUUACCUUGCCAAACAUCUCGCUCACUUUGGUAUCAACAUUACAGCCAUGCAAAAGACAGAGAAGACAAUGAUAGAGUUAGAGAUAGAUCUGAACCAGAAAGUAGGAGAGUGGGACGUCAUACAGGAAGCUGGUAGUAAACUGACACCCAUGUACGGUCCAGGAUACACAGGCAUGCGUAACCUUGGCAACAGUUGCUAUAUGAACUCUGUGAUGCAAGUUGUGUUCACUCUACCCGACUUCCAGCAAAGAUACUAUAAUGCAGCUGAUGAAAUAUUUGCAAGUGCACCAACAGAUUCAACAUCAGACUUCACAGUUCAGAUGGCAAAGCUAGGACAUGGGCUGCUGUCAGGGGAGUAUUCAAAGUCAAAAGAUGGAGGAGAUGAAAAUGUUUCUGCACCUACAGGUAUUAGACCGCAGAUGUUUAAAACAUUGAUAGGUAAAGGUCAUCCAGAAUUUUCUACAAAAAGACAGCAAGAUGCUCAGGAAUUUUUCCUGCAUUUACUGUCAUUGUUAGAGAAAAACAACCGAGGAAAGUUCAACCCCAGUGAGUGCUUCAAGUUUAAGGUAGAAGAGAGAGUUGAAUGUUCAGUGUCCAAAAAGGUGAAAUAUACAGACAGAACAGAUUAUCUCAUUGGCCUACCCAUCUCCAUGGAUAUGGUAACAAAUAAAGAUGCUGUAUCAGUCUGGGAAACAAAGAAGAAAGAAUUAGAAAGUCUAAAGCAAACUAUAGACCCUAAAGAUAUAAUCCGUCCAAAAAUAUCAAUGCAAACAUGUUUAGAUGCAUUUGGUGCAACAGAAAGUAUAGAAGGUUUCUAUAGCAGUGCUAUUAAUGGUACAUGCAUAGCUAAUAAAACAACCCGACUUCUAACAUUCCCUGACUUUUUAGUUGUACAAGCAAAGAAAUUCACAGUAGGGGAAGACUGGGUGCCUAAAAAAUUAGAUGUGUCAUUAGAUGUAUUACAAGAGCUAGAUCUGUCUCCUCUAAGAGGUCAUGGUCUGCAGCCAGGAGAGGAGGAAUUACCAGAGGCUCCAGCUCAACAGUCACAAGUACAGAUAGAUGAAGCCACUGUAUCCCAGCUUGUUGAUAUGGGAUUCCCAAUAGAAGGUUGUAAGAAAGCUGUAUACCAUACUGGAAAUUCAGGAGUGGAACCAGCUAUGAACUGGGUCAUGGAACAUAUGGAAGAUCCAGAUUUUGGUAUGCCAUUUGAAGUCCCAGGUGCUAAGAAAUCCUCAUCUUUUACCCCAAAUGAAGAAGCUCUUGCCAUGAUUAUGUCCAUGGGCUUUAACAGAGAUCAAGCGACUAAAGCACUCAAAGCUACUGAUAAUAAUGUAGAGAGAGGUGUUGAAUGGAUCUUCAGCCAUGCUGACGAGCUGGAAGCACCAAUGGAUACAGAUGAGCAGACAGCACCAGGAGAGGCAUACAGGGACGGUAGUGGAAAGUACAAACUUGUUGCUUUCAUAAGCCAUAUGGGAACAUCUACCAUGGUAGGUCACUACGUCUGUCAUAUACUGAAGGAAGGAAGAUGGGUUAUUUUCAAUGACGAGAAAGUGGCGCUGUCAGAGCAUCCCCCAAUGGAUUUGGCCUAUCUUUACCUGUACAGAAGAAUAGAUAAUUAAGGAUGUAUUUUUUUUGCACAUGCACUUGACCCUGUGACGAUCAUAAAUGAACAUUUGAUCUGCGUGAACAAAUGAUAACCGGAAGCAAAAAUCACAAACAUUUGUUUUAUAUUAAAACAAAGAAGUAUAAAAUACACAGAAUGGCAACUGGCUGUAAUCUCGCGUGAGCUCGUGUCAGAGCGUGAUUCGGCGUUAUCUUACUAAAAACAAACAUCGGCGAGCAUGCAGUUACAAUUUGUACCUUUAAAACUACAUUUAAAAUACAUGUUAGCUUCUAAAACAAAAUUAGUUUAAUGAGAAAUGGUCUUAAGACACGAAGUACAGGGGUUUUUUUUGCCAUCGAAAGAAGCGUGGUCAUACGGUGAUAAUUAUUUUACCGAUGAAUAAUUGCUUUCGCAUACAAAAUGGCGCGUGGAGAAAGCGCCACUUCCGGUAACGAGAUCUCGUUUUUUUGUCACGGGAGGUUGGCGAGAUUUGCUCUAUAUGCCUUUCAAGUUGCCAAUCUAUUUAUUUUAUAGCUCUUUGAUUAAAAUUAGACAUACAAAAAAUUGACUCUAAAAAUGAAAUCUAUUUACUCUGAAUAAAAUGUGAAUUUAGCAUCUCAUUAAAAAAAUGAAGUUCAUGUUACAUGUAUUUGAAAGUUCUAUAUUUUGCUUUUGUACUGUUACAGAUGUGUUUUUUGUAUGUAAUGAUAUCUAUUUUCUGUUCUAAAGACAGGUUAAUUAAAAUCUGUUCUGUCUUGCAAUAUGUCAAUAACAUAAUAAGCACUAAAUAUUUCAGUGCAAGUUUGUUUAAUGGACUAAAUCCUCAGUCUUGUUAAGUUCCAUUGUGCAAUUUCAUUAAGAAUUGAAUGUCAGUAACUGAAGUUCAGUGUCAUUUUCAGCUGAAUGUCAGUAACUGUGGUUCAGUGUCAUUGUCAACUGAAUGUCAGUAACUGAGGUUCAGUGUCAUUGUCAGCUGAAUGUCAGUAACUGUGGUUCAGUGUCAUUGUCAGCUGAAUGUCAGUUACUGAGGUUCAGUGUCAUUGUCAGCUGAAUGUCAGUUACUGAAGUUCAGUGUCAUUGUCAGCUGAAUGUCAGUUACUGAAGUUCAGUGUCAUUGUCAGCUGAAUGUCAGUUACUGAAGUUCAGUGUCAUUGUCUGCUGAAUGUCAGUAACUGAAGUUCAGUGUCAUUGUCAGCUGAAUGUCAGUCAUGGCUACAUAUAUAGUUCAGUUUGUGUGUAUCACUAAUAACUGCUGAUAAUUUCUGAUCAAUUGUGUCCAUACCUAGUACAUCAAUACAUCCGUAUUGUAUGGCUCAGGCUGACUAAAAUUUAGUCAGACAAAAAGGUAUCGGCAAAACCUUCAGUUAAAUGACAUUUUGCAUUGAAAAAUAUGCAGACAAAACAGAAUACAAUAAGGUAACAUAUUUUACUAGUGGGGAUUUGAAUUUGUAAAUUUCACCUUUUAAAAUAAGUGGGAAUUUUGUUUGUUCAUACAGCUUUAAUUUCGCAGAUUGACUCAGCCGUGACAUUCAUGAAACUUAAUUCUCUACAAAUAUUUCUAAUUCCGUAGUAUGCAAUUUGCUUCUAAUUCAACCUGUAAAAAAGGCACUGUACUUGCUUGUUUAUUUAUUUUGCUAGCUGAUUUUCCUGGACUAUUUUGUGCUAGUUUACUGGUUACUUAGACAUGAAAAGAAGUGAAUUAAUUAUCUUUGCUUGAUGAUGACAGGAAAACUUUCAAUAUGUACUGUUAUAUUAGAUUUAAUGUUUUCAUAAAUGUACAUUGGCAGAAAUUUUUAAUCAAAUAUAUAUUGUUCUUUGCACUGACAAACUUUUCAAUCUUCGUUAUAAGUUGAAGUGCUCUGACAAAAUUUUCAAUAGACUAUAUAAGUUAAAGGUCUCUGAAUUUUUUUUUCAAGCAUCUAUAUAAGUUAAGUGCUCCGGAAAAUGUAAGUUAUGUGCUCUGACAAAAUUUUUAUUUGUCUAUGUAAGUUGAGUGCUGUUACAAAAUUUUCAGUUGUUUAUAUAUGUUAAGUGCUUUGACAGACUUUUUCAAACAAUUAAAUAAUUUACAUGCUUGACAGUUUUUCCAACAUGGAUGUGGAAAUUAUUUGAAUAAAUCCAAUGAAUUGUUGACAUGAGGUAACUAAUGCAUCAAAUGCACACAUAUAUUUUCGUAGAACUUGCUACAAAGAAUGCCUUUGUAUUUUUGUCAUGUAUGUUUUAUAUUUACAUGUUGGUUAAGCUUACAGUUUAAUAAACAUUUAAGAGCUA